CAAUACUACACCACAGAAAAACUCAUAUAAGUCUUCUUUAUACAGACAAUUACGACUACGUUUAUUAUUUUUAUACCUCUCUUUCCAAAGAGAGAACAAAGAGCAAAGCAAAACUGGAACUAUUCUUUUUCAACUAGUUAUGGAGCUUCUUCUAUUCAACACACGUCGUCGUUUCGUUAUUGUUCUUCUACUUGUAACACUCUCUUGCUUCUCCUUUAGGCUCUGUUUCGGCCAAGACAGAAUCACCUCCUUUACUACUCCGAUCAAGGACACAGAUACCCUUCUCUGCAAAAGUGGUGUUUUCAGGUUUGGUUUCUUCACUCCUGUAAAUUCCACUACUCGGUUGCGUUACGUCGGGAUUUGGUACGACAAGAUUCCAAAACAAACUGUGGUUUGGGUGGCUAACAAAGACACUCCCAUCAACGACGCUUCCGGUGUUGUUUCCAUCUCCGACGACGGAAACCUCGUGAUUACAGAUGGUCGAAACCGCCUUCUAUGGUCGACCAACGUCACAGUACCACCCGUGGCUCCAAAUGCUACUUGGGUUCAGCUGAUGGAUACUGGGAACCUUGCGUUACAAGAUAACCGAAACAACAGAGAGAUUCUCUGGGAGAGUUUCAAGCAUCCUUAUAACUCUUUCUUGCCAACAAUGUCUCUUGGGACCAACAAGAGAACCGGAGAGAAUCUGAAGCUUACUUCUUGGAGAAGCUAUCAAGAUCCUUCAACAGGGAACUAUACAGCUGGUCUUGCUCCUUUAACGUUUCCCGAGCUCACGUUUCCUGAGCUUCUGAUUUGGAAGAACAAUGUUCCAAUCUGGCGUAGUGGACCGUGGAACGGCCAGGUUUUCAUCGGUUUACCGGACGUGGAUUCUCUUUUGUUUCUUGAUGGGUUUAAUCUUAUCAAUGAUAAGCAAGGAACAUUUUCAAUGUCAUUUGCUAAUGAUUCUUUCAUGUAUCACUUUAACUUGGAUCCUGAUGGAGUUAUAUAUCAGAGAGAUUGGAGUACUUCUUUGAGAGAUUGGAGGAUCGGUGCAAUGUUUCCAUCUACAUGUUGUGAUGCAUACGGUAUAUGUGGUCCAUACGGAAGCUGCAGUUCCCGGGAAGAUUCGCCUUGUGAAUGUGUUAAAGGGUUUGUGCCGAGGAACAGCACAGAGUGGAAUGCAAGGAAUUGGAGUAAUGGAUGUGUGAGAAAAGGUCAAUUGCGGUGCGAGAGGCAGAGCAAUGGAGGAGGAAAAGGAGAUGUGUUUGUGAGACUUCAGAAGAUGAAAGUACCAGUCAAUGCGGUACAAUCUGAUGCUAAUGAGCAAGAUUGUCCUAAACAGUGUAAGUAUAACUGUUCUUGCAUUGCUUAUGCUUUUGAUCGCGGAAUCGGAUGCAUGCUUUGGAGUGGUAACUUAGUUGAUAUGCAAUCAUCAUUGAGAACUGGCAUUGAUCUUUAUAUUCGACUUCCGCAUUCUGAACUCAAAACAUAUAGCAAUCGAGCAGUUAUCAUCAUUGCACCCGUGCUAGGCGUUGCGUUCCUUGCUGCUGUCUGCGUUCUUUUAGCAUGCAGGAAAUUCAAAAAACGUCCAGAUACAAGUGCAGAAUUAAUGUUUAAGAGAAUGGAAGCACUCACAAGUGGUAAUGAGACUGCUUCUAACCAAGUGAAGCUCAAGGAGCUUCCACUCUUUGAGUUUCAAGUGUUAGCCACAGCAACUGAUAGCUUCUCUCUAAGAAACAAGCUCGGACAAGGUGGAUUUGGUCCUGUUUACAAGGGAAAAUUGUCAGAAGGGCAAGAAAUUGCAGUGAAGAGGCUCUCACAGGCAUCAGGACAAGGACUUGAGGAGCUUAUGAACGAAGUGGUUGUGAUUUCCAAGUUGCAACAUCGGAAUCUAGUGAAGUUACUUGGCUGUUGCAUUGAAGGUGAAGAAAGACUGUUAGUCUACGAAUAUAUGCCUAAUAAAAGCUUGGAUGCCUAUCUAUUUGACCCAUUGAAGCAAAAGAUUCUUGACUGGAAGACACGGUUCAACAUAAUGGAAGGGAUUUGCAGAGGUCUCUUGUAUCUUCACAGAGAUUCAAGACUAAAGAUCAUACACAGAGAUCUAAAAGUCAGCAACAUUUUGUUAGAUGACAACCUGAAUCCCAAAAUAUCUGAUUUCGGGCUUGCAAGAGUUUUUCGAGCAAAUGAAGAUGAAGCUAACACAAGAAGGGUUGUUGGAACAUACGGCUAUAUGUCACCUGAAUAUGCAAUGGAAGGUUUAAUUUCAGAAAAAUCAGACGUUUUUAGUUUGGGGGUUAUAUUUUUAGAGAUCCUAAGUGGCAGAAAAAACUCUCACAAGGAAGAGACUAAUCUAAACCUUUUAGCUUAUGCGUGGAAGCUGUGGAACGAAGGUGAGGCUGCUUCUCUAGCUGAUCCAACCAUCUUUGAUAAGUCUUUCGAGAAAGAGAUAACGAGAUGUGUUCAGAUUGGUUUGUUGUGUGCGCAAGAAACUGCAAACGAUAGACCAAAUGUUUCAACCGUGAUAUGGAUGCUAACAACCGAAAACACGAACCUCCAAGAGCCGAAGCAGCGUGCGUUAAUAGCAAGAAGAGGAUCUUGUGACCAGGGUAGUCUCUCUAUCAAUGAUUUGAGCCUCACAGCUGUAACAGGGCGUUAGCCUCACA